CCGUCGCUCCUGCACAACACGCCUCCCUCCCAUUAAUCCCUCCUCCAGCUGGGCAGCAGAAACUGUUCUUAUCCACUUGAUCUUCCGCUGACACGCCAUCAUGUCACGGUUCGUACGGGCGUCGAAAUAUCGCCACGUCUUUGGACAGCAGGGGAAGAAAGAGUAUGGCUUCGACAACAUCAAGGUGUCCAGCAGCGCAUGGGAUACCAAUCUUAUCUCUGCGUCGUCCCGAUACAUCAGCAUCAACUGGAACGCUUCGGGAGGCGGCGCGUUCGCCAUCCUGCCCCUUCCUUCGCCUUUCGAACCCUUUCCGCAUGGUUUUCCCUACAAGCUCCCCGACCUGAUCCCACUCGCGCGCAGCCACUCUGCCCCCGUCCUCGAUACUGACUGGUCGCCGUUUAAUGACUCUGUCGUUGCCUCAGCCGGCGAUGAUGGCAAGGUAAUGAUCUGGAAGGUUGAGCCCUCUGUGUUCGAGGGCUGGGGCCAGGAACACUGGGAGCCCCAAGACUUUGACCCCGUUGCGCGCAUCGACGUCUCGCCGCGCAGAGCAGGCCAGGUCCUGUUCCAUCCCACCGCGAACAACGUAUUGGCGACCACGACGGGCGACCACACUGUCAAACUGUGGGACCUCGCGAACCCGGAGCACCCGAAGGUGGUUCUCGGUGGUCACGGCGAUGCAAUCCAGAGCCUGGCGUUUAACCCUUCCGGCAACCUCCUUGUCACGACAUGCAGGGAUCGCAAGAUCAGGCUCUUUGAUCCUCGUGCGAGCGGUGAUGCUGUGCGCGUUACGGAAGGACAUGGCGGGAUCAAGGGUGCACGCGUUGUCUGGAUGGGCGAGAGGGACAACAUUGCAACGACUGGUUUCAGCAAAAUGAGCGACCGUCAGGUCGCGAUAUGGGAGACUGGUGGACUCACGAACGUCAAGAUGAUUACGAUUGAUCAGACUUCAGGAGUCCUUAUGCCAUUCUGGUCGGACAACAACAUUCUCUUCCUUGCUGGCAAGGGAGACGGGAACAUCAGAUACUACGAGUACGAGGGCGAUCAGCUCUACGGCCUUUCGGAAUUCAAGUCGGCUGAUCCUCAGCGUGGCAUGUGCUUCCUCCCUCGCCGUGCCCUGAACGUUUCAGAAUGCGAGAUUGCCCGCGCGUACAAGCUCACCGCCACUGCGAUCGAGCCCAUCGCAUUCAUCGUCCCACGGAAAUCUGAAUCGUUCCAAUCCGACAUCUAUCCUCCUGCUCCGUCCUCAGAGCCAGCCCUCUCCGCAGCGGAGUUCUUCUCAGGCAAGACUGCGCCUCCGAACCUGGUCAGCCUUGACACAGGUGCGAUUUCCGCUGGUGCCCCUCCCUCCGCCGUUCCAUCGACGCCAGCGCCACAACUGGUGUCUACUCCUACCAAGACGUCCAGCGCGCCAGCACCCGUGGCCGCUUCUGUUCCGAGCACACCUGCCCAAGCCGAACCUCCAUCCCCGGUUGUCACCAAGACUCCUUCUAGUCCGGUCGCAAUCUCCCACGAACCGAAGACCCUCACUCGCUCGGUCACCAAUCCAGAACAUGACACCUUCGCGGUUUCUGCUCUUAAGGAGGAGAACGCGCGCAUCACUACUGAGCUUCGUGAGGCGCGUGCACAGAUCCGGAACCUCGAAUUGCAGGUCGAGAGCAUGAAGGCGAAUGCCCGCAAGGCGGCUCAGGCAUUGCUUGAAGGCUGAGGUGGAAGAUGAUUGGAGAACUUGUAAUGUACAGUAGGAUAGUGUGGGGUUUGCUGGUGCCGUUUUGCUUCUAGUGCCUUUCGCGUGCGCAGUUUUAGGCAAUACAGUCUAACAGUAUUUUGUGCCAUAACUCUUGGUGGACGCUUUCAUGCAGGUCGGGCACCGUGCACGGAUCUUCAUAGUGUGUGCCAUCGGUAUGAAUGCCAGAAGGUGUUAUGCACGGCCAGCGAGCUGAGAC